UGUUGUAAAAAUGUACAAAGCGCCUUUCAUCAAUGUAUCACAUUUAUUUCUGCCUCUGUUGUGAUUACAUUAAAGGUGAUUGGGUGAGCCGUGUCACGUGACCGCCCUUCGACAGGAGUUUCCACGACAGCUGAGUAGCAGCUAAAUACGUUUUUCACCUGUAACAUAGAUCCUUUUUAACUCCAGUGAGUCGAAGUUUCGUAAAAUGGGAGACAAGAAAAGCCCUACAAGGCCAAAGCGGCAAUCGAAGCCCUCCGCCGACGAUGGGUACUGGGACUGUAGCGUCUGCACGUUCAGGAACACCGCUGAGGCGUUCAAGUGCACGAUGUGUGAUGUCAGGAAGGGGACGUCAACUCGAAAACCACGGCCUGUUUCUCAGCUGGUUGCACAGCAAGCAAAUCAGCAGUUUGCACCACCCACACUCCCCAAAAAGGAGAAGAAAGAAAAAUCAGAGAAAGACAAGAGUGAUAAAGAACUAACACUAAAAAAGAAAAGCUAUAAAAAGAUGAGGCCCAGGUUAAAAAACAUAGACAGGAGCAGCGCCCAGCAUCUAGAGGUCACAGUUGGAGACUUGACUGUAAUAAUCACAGACUUUAAGGAGAAAGCCAAACCCACGUCCACUUCAACAAGUGCUGCCUCAGCAGACCAACACAGCCAAAGUGGCUCAAGCUCUGAUAACACUGAACGAGGGGUCUCCAGAUGCUCUUCGCCCCGCGGGGAAGGCUCGCCGGUUAAUGGAGAGACUCACUAACCUUCACACUCCCAGUCAGCACAACCCAUUCUUCUGCACUCUCAACAGCCUCGACUAGAGAUUAAACUUCAACAUGCAUUAAUAAUACUAUACAUGCCAAUAUGAUAGCAUUCACUUCGUUUGGGACUGUAUUUUUCACUGCCUUCCCAUAAUGAUAAAGAAUUCAGGAGUCAGGACGUAUGCUGUAUGCUCAACUCCAAGAACUGUUGCAGCAAGAUCUGUCAUGAUGAACUGAAAAAGGAAUCGUAGCAUUAAAUCCUGAAUGUCAGUGGAACUGUGCCACGUGUUGUGGUUACUUGUGUUUUAACACCUCAGUGUUACAUCAGCAUCACACUGAGCUGGUUUUUGCUGCACCGAAUAAAUGAUGCAUUAUGAAAGAAAAUAGGAAGAAGUCAUCUCAGAAUUGUAGUUUAUCCUUGAAUUUUGUUAUCAUUAUUUGCACUUAAUGGCAUCCUAUGUUCAUAACAUUUUUUUAGCAUUAUUUCCACUUUGCCAUUAUCAGUAAACCAUAACACUGUUGGUUAAUAGCCUUAUCCAGCUCUCGUUUUAUGCCAUUGGAUGCAAUCAUUUUUUAACUGUAACAUUUAAGAAAAAAUAUUGAAUAAUUAUUCUAAGUAUGCUUCUCAUUCAGUUGGUAGAGUUGAGCAUGAUUUUAUCUAUAGAAUGGUUUAUAUUGUAAAAUAAUGUUAAAUAAAAUAAGUUGUAGAUACUUGGA